AUGUAAGGUUAACCCAUACCAUUCAUUGAGUUAAAGGAAACUUAAACUAAAGAAGGAUUGGAAACUAUUUUUGAAAUACACCCUUAGGCAAUUAAAAUGUUGCAAUCAAUUGCUGACAGAAAAGUAUUCACUUUUAAUGGGAUAUUUAGGUAGCUGUUCUUACAAUUGCAGGUCCACAAAGAACAGGAAAAUCAUUUUUAGCUAAUAGAGUAUUAAAAAGAUAAAAGGGAUUUGCAGUUGGACCAACUACUAUGCCAUGUACAAAAGGUAUUUGGUUAUGGAGCUAACCUAUUCCAUUAAAUGAAAAUACUUCAAUUUUAUUGAUGGAUACAGAAGGAUUAAAUUCAGUCUAAAGAGACUUGGGAGUUGAUACUAAAAUUUUCUCAAUAUCUCUAUUGCUGUCUUCAAUGUUUGUAUUUAAUCAAUUGGGUCAUAUUGAUGAACAGUCAAUAGAAAAUCUCUCUCUCGUUAUUAAAUUAAGUGAGAACAUCAGUGUAGGAUCAGAGGAUAAAAGUUUAAGUUAAUUUUUUCCAACAUUCCUUUGGGUUUUGAGAGAUUUCUCACUAGACUUAAGAGGACGUACUCCAAGUGAAUAUUUGGAAUUUGCACUUUAAGAUCAAUCUAAUCCAGGUCCAGAUGGAGAGAGAAAAAAUCUUAUUAGAAGAAAGAUUAGAGAGUAUUUUAAAUUUAGAGAUUGCAUAUGUAUGGUGAGACCUAUUUAGGAUGAAAGAAGACUUGCUAGAGUUGAAGAAGAAGAUUGGAAUGCUUUAAGACCAGAAUUCAUUGCUGCAGUAUAUGAUUUUGAAAAAAGAGUAUCCAAAAAUAUCCCUCCAAAAUAAAUUAAUGGAGUUACUUUAACUGCUGAAAUGUUUUUGAAACUUUCUCUUGAAUAUGUUGAUGCUAUUAAUUCUGGAGGAAUUCCAUAAAUUUUAUCUAGUUUAGAUAGAGUCAUUUAAUAAGAAGCGAGAAAUCUUUUGGAAGAACUUAAAAGUCAAUUUUCUAAGAGUUAUUAAGAUGCUUUGUCAAAAUUAAAAGCUCCAUUUGAAGAUGAAGAAUUGAUUUAAUUAAAUAAAUAAAUUUAAGCUGAAAUCUUUUAAAAGUUAGAUUAAAAAUCAAAGGAAAUAAUAGACAAUUCUAAAAUUAUUAGUAUGAAAAAAGAAUUACAUGAUAUGAUGUCUCAAGAUUUGUAAACAAGAUUAGAAAUUAAUAAAGAAUAAUCAACUACUGUUGCUAAUUAGAUCUUAUAGAAAUUCUUUAACACUUUUUAAGUACCAGUCUUAGACAAUGUUGAUAGCAUAAAAUCAUCUCUAUUAGUAGAUUAAUUUCAAAUUUAUAGUCGCUUUUUUAAAUAUUAUAUGGAAAAUGUUAAAGGACAUUAAAAAUACAAACAUUUCUCAGAAAAAGUGCCUUCAUUUUUAUUUAGUCAUUUUGAAAAGUUAAUAUUAAAUGUUUAAAAAGUUUAUAUAGAAGAAAAUAAUUAAACUAAAAAGUAUCUAGUUUAAGCUAGAGAAGGUGAAGAAAGAUUAAGAAAAACUAUUGCAAAUUAAGAAAGCUUAUUAUAUGAAAUAUAAAAGGAAAGAGAUUAGUUAAAGUAUGAAAUAGAAAAUUGGAGUAGAGAAACAAAUAAAUAAGAAAAAAUUAAAAGUCUUGAAUUAGAAGCUUGUUAAGCCAAGGUAAUGUAAUUAACGUAGGAAUUGCAAAAUAAAAAAGAAAAAAAUCAAAAAUUAAAAUUAGAUUUUUAAAAUUUAUAAGAUCAACUUCAAAGAGUCAGAAAUGAACUUAAUGGAAAAAGAGUUGAAUGUUAAUAAUUAUUAAAACGAAUGAGUGAUGAUAAUUAAUCCUUCAGAGAACCAGGAGAAGAGGUAAAUAAUUAUUUAAUUAUUAGAUCUCCAAUGAUUUAGUUUUAUAAUAUAAGGAUAUGAAAUAAUAAGCUAAUUAAAUGAAUGACUUUUUUAAAAGAAGAGCUAUGGAUCAUUCACAAUAAAGCAUAUUUAUUUAAGAGAUUUCUAAAUUAUAAUAAGAUAAAUUUAAUGAAAUAAUAAAACUUAGAGAAGAUUAUAAAUAAAAAAAGUUAAAAAUGAAAGAAGAUUUAGAGCAAGAAAAGUAUUUAUAUUUUGUAUUUAGAAAAUCUUUGAAAAAUAAUUUAGAACAUUUUAUAAAGUAAAAUGAAGAAUUAAAAGCAAAAAAUAUGACAUAUUAUGAAAAAUAUGAAUAAGCCCAAAAAAAUUAAUAACAUCUUAAGGUAUUUUAUUGAUAUAUUUUUGGAUAGUAAAUUUAAUCUGAAAACCAAAGAUUAGCUUAAAGACUGGAAGAAAAAUCAGAAAAUUUAGAUAUGCAUAUAUAAGUUAUUGAAAAUUUCACUAAAGAUAUCGAAAAACUAACUGGUAUAAGAGAAGAUUUGGAAUAAAAACUUGCAUUUAUGAAUUCUGAAAAAAGUUAAUUGAUUUCAUUUAAAGAGAGCUUUCCGUAUAUACUAAAAGGUAAUAUAUUAAUUAUUAUAUUGAAAGAGGCUUUGAAAUGGGUCUUAAAAUAAAAUUCAAAAAUAAAACAUGCUAUGAAAUCAGUAGGUGAAGAAGAAUAAAAAAUAAUUCGAGAUUGUUUUCAUGAAGUUGGUAUAAAUGUGUGA